UGACUCGUCGAGCAUGUCACGCGCGCUGACCACCCACACGCUCUACUGAGGAAAUGGCCGUGCGGUUUCUGUCCGUAACGAGAAGAUUUCACAUCGAUUUGUGCAGGUUAACACCAAGUGCAGUCAACAGGUCCGUCGUAGGCCUCUUCAGCACUGCAGCAGAACAUCGUAGUGCUGGUGAUGACUGCCGUGGUGAUGAUGGAGAUGACGACCACAGUCACUCUGUGACACAUGUCAGGACCUUAGAGAUAAGAGCUAGAAAACUGGAAGAGCAGGUUCACGACCUCACUGAGAGAUACAAACGAGCCCUAGCUGACUCAGACAAUGUCAGAAGAAGAACACAGAAAUUUGUUGAGGACGCCAAGCUAUUUGGGAUUCAGAGUUUCUGCCGUGACAUUGUGGAGGUGGCAGACCUGUUGGAGAAGGUUGAGGAGAGAGAUGGAGUACAGCAGCUGACACAAUACCUGGCACACAUACAGGGGCGGCUGCAGGUCAUCUUCACCAAGCAUGGACUGGAGAAGAUGAGCCCCGUGGGAUCUGCCUACGACCCAUAUCAGCAUGAAAUAGACUGUCAUACUCCAGCAGAGGGAGUGGAGCCCGGCACCAUAGCUGUGGUGAAGCAAGACGGUUACAUACUGCAUGGACGUACCAUUCGCCAUGCCCUUGUGGCUAUAGCUGUGAAGACACAGGAGCAGUGACAGGGCCUUAGCUCAGUCCUCUCCUGCUUAUGUUUUUUUUUUAACACUCUUAGUAUGUACGAUACCAAUGUUCUUACAUCUCUAGACAACUACACAUUUGACUUACUCUUUGAAGUAAUGGUUAUUUAUAUGUAUUUAUAAAUGUUGCUUUUUUGUUUUUCUACCUUGUAAUCUACACAGAUUAAUCGGGUGUUUGUUUGUUUAGAACCCCCGAUUUACAGAAUGUCCAAUGCCCAUUUAAUGUUUGGAAAGAUUCAUUAUUGUCUUGUGUAUGUUCAAGACACUACACUUGUAGUGUAAUAAGAAUUGUAGUGUUAAAUUGACCUGGAAAAUGCACUUUACACCCUUGUCAUGGUGGUUUCUGUAAGUGAUUAGUAGUUUUGGAGCUCAAUGGAAAAGCAGUAAUGACUUUUAUAAGAAAGUAACACUUUACAAUAUGAUUCUAUAUGCUUAACACUAGUUAAUGAAUUAACAAUGAACAGCCAUGUUUACAGCAUUCAUCGAUCUUGAUCUUAAUUUUAAUUUAAGAAUAUACCAUUCGUUCUACUUAGUAUUAGUUCAUAAUGCAUCAUAUUAACAUGAAACUAAUGUUAACGCAUAGAAUAUUAUUGUAACGUUAUCAGAAAGACUGGCUGUUGUGAAAUGUGUCAAGUAAGUGUUAGUACCCAAAACAAAUGCUAAAAGUUUUCUCUUUUAGAUUGGAGAAAUGCACAUGAGAUAAAUAUGUAUCCAAAGUGGAAUUGAACAAAAUGUUAUUUGGGAGAUAAAAUGAACAAAAAUUUAUUUGUUUGUAAUAGUUUGCCCUGAUAGUUUUUUGUAGUUGAGAAUAAAAACUGUAAGUUAAUUUCUUUUAAACUAAGGUUCUUACAGAAGUAUUCUUUGUAAAUGUUGCAGACAAUUAGUUU